AAUGUACGUAAUGUAUGUAUAUAAAAUAAUUGAAUUAUAUUUUGUUUUCUAUAUUGAGAUUUGUAUCGUUUUAUAUAACAAAAUUACACAUUUUAAUAUACUUUUAUUAUGCAAACGUAUUAUCUUUUACAUGCAAGUUACAUCAUGCUCGCAAAAGUACCUGUCGAUCGCGUAUUACGAGCUCGCUUUAUAAGACUUUUUAUUUUCGUCAAUUAUGACAUACAGCAUGCCAAUAAAUAUAUUUGUAUUUUCUAUAAUAGCGCUACUAAUUAUAUGUAAUUAGUAGAAAUUCAUUGACAGGGAUUUAUAAUGAGGAUAUAUAUAUAAAUAUAUAUGUAAUUAAUAGAUCUGAUAUAUUUUGCGUGUCUGUCGCCUAGUUUGUCAUGCAAAAAAAACCUUCCUUUUUUGACACGAAACCGGAAAUCUUUUGUUCAUCGAAUGUGAUACAUGCGAAGGAAAAGUUUAUGAUUUUUGUAUGUGUAUUUGCAUAAUAUGCCUAGUUUUAAGACAUUAUUUUAUUUAUAUAAGAAAAACAUUCCGAAAACGUUGUAUGUAAAAAAGUACAUGCAUGAAUACCUUUUUAAACGAAGAAGGAAAAGCGAAGUUGCGAUAUGCACGAACAGCAGGACGAGCUUUGGACUUGAACGAGUUCGCGCCUUGCUUAAAUAAAUGUUUAGCAUUUAAACACAAAUUGUUUUAAUUAUUAUUAAUCAUUAUAUAAUUAUUAAUAUUACUAUUAUUAUUAUAAAUAAUAAUUAACUGAUUGUUACGCUUUUCAUUCUUAUUACUUCCAUCGUGUAAUUACAGAGAAUGUUACCUCGCGCAAAAUCUAACUCAGGCGGGCACUGGUAAACGAGGUGCUGUCUGCAUGUACGAAUUUAGACGGACUUAGCUCGUAAGGAGAGUUUCUGAAUAAAAAUCAACAGUAUCUCGGAAACGUAUGACCUAAUUUCACAUUGAGCGUAACGAGUCGCGCUGUGAUUCGAUUGGAAAAAAAAGGUUGUUAAUGUUGUACGUUGUGCGUCUCCACAUCAUUGAAUUUUCUCCUGCUAACAAUUUGUGAGAUAACGUUACAUUUCCAAAUCAAUAAAGGAGAGAAAUAUUCAGAAUGUUUAAUGAUUUAUGACAUCCUACCAUCACCAAUUUAUCUCAAACGACAUCGCAAGGAUGUUCUGAAGAUUCUGUUAUACAACAAUGAUUGCAAUUAAAACACAUUUUAAUUAAUAUGUAUUUUUUUUCUUUGAAGUGAUCAUGCAAUUCAAAAGAAAGUCAAAGAAGAUAUACUUGCAAUAGAGAAACCAAAUUUAUUAACGGAAAAAACACAAUGAGCAGUACAUGAGGAAUAGCAAAACAAAGCCAAACUCAUGUUCCCUAAUUGGAACGUAAGGAUGCUGAUAUAAAAUUUCUAUUAUACUGACAAUAAUAUAUAGUACUAAUUAUAAAAUGUAUUAUUUUAUCUUGAUGUUUCAUAGAUAUGUACAUCUAGAACUCAAUAAUACUUAUAGUACUUUUAUUUAAAACUUAUUAUCUAUAGAGAUAAUUGUACAAAAAAAAUUGUAACUUUGUAGCAACGUAUAUAACAUAUUGUAAGUAUGCGUACGUGUUUACAAAGUAUUUAAUAGAAGUUUAAUAAAAAGUCAAAUUUAAUUAAUGUAAUCAUAAAUUUCUAUUAAUAAUCAAUAAUGCCAUCGCUCUUCUUCAAUUAUACAAUCAGGUCCCCGGGACCCAUUUGAUUGAGAUGAAAAUUUGCUCAGGGUUGACGUUCUUUAAUAGUAUCUCGUCGGUGCGCGUAUCCACGGAAACGGUUCCUUCUUCCCUGAGGAGGAUAAAGAGGAUUGCGUGUUAAGUGUCGGUGGCUGACGAUUACGUUGCUUGGUGCAGUUCCGUCGAUGUAAACGGAGAAUCAUCGAAAUUAAAAACGGGAGGAACAAUAAUAUUAAUUCUCAGCGCGAACUGCGUUGCCGACUGAUAGAUAACCUCUUCAACGUCGUAAAUAAUUCCGCAUGUUAUUACGUUCUGCGAAACGCUACUCCUGCGACAAGUUCACGAUUUCACGAACCCCUUUUUAGAUUCACGGAUUACGUAGCUCGCAAAUAUUCUUUAUAUUGUCAAUUAUGAAUGAUGUACAAUAGCGUGUAACACGAUGCAUGUAACGAUUAAUAAUAGCUGUCAAAUAAAUAAACUUCUAUGUAUGAGAGAAACUUCUUUAUUUAAUUAGCACAUUUUUCAAUUCCUUGAAUAUAUCACGGACAGUAUUAGUCCUGAGCAACACGUUUCAUCUUUACAUUUUCGUCCAUUGCUUCCAGAUAUCUGCAUAAUAUUUGCUUUCCUGCAGCACAAUAAGACGAUAGAGAUGGAUGAUUGCAUAAACGAGUCAUCAAAGUUGACACUUAAUUGUGCCUUAAUUGAAAUUAUUUAUAAUUGGACACGCUUUAACAAGAAUAUAUUUAUCUAAAUAAUAUUAUCUUUUUUGCGUUCUCUUCAAUAAAAAAUCGUUUUUACGAUUAGGUUUAUAAAGAAUAUAAGAGUUUUAUAUUGAAAUUAUUUCUUAUAUUAUCCUGUUUAUAGUCUAAUUGUAAUUGCUAGUUUAAAUUAUAAUUAUAUUGGUAGAUUAAUAGGAUGCAUUUGCAGCAAGUUUCUUAUGAUUUUAUGCAUCUUGUUUCUAAGAGCAUUUCAGUGAGAUUGACGAGAUGUUAUCAAUUAAUUUAAAUUAUUUGAGACCAGGUUGUACAGUUAGAUUAACUAACACAAAUUAAUUUAUGUUAAUGGUAACAAUGUCUUAAAAUUGAAGAAUUAAUUUGAUAUAUAUCUCUCGCUGCUCUUUUCACCUUAGUGAUGGUUUUUGUAGAGUGAAAAUUUAGCUUUCACGCAUGCUUCUUUAGGUACUUUAAAGUAAUUUAAAAUGUGCAUAAAGAUCAGUCCACAGCCAAGAAAGAAAAUUAAUCUCUUCUAUCGAUAUAGAUAUGUUCUCUUGAUGCUCACAUGCAUGGUAUGUGCUACUAUUCAACCGCACAUUGGCGGAACGAACGGUAUAAUCAAUGGUAACUUUAUUAUUCGCUAUUUUGCCGUGCCUUUGAUGUACUUGGAAGCUGGAUUAUUAUGCGAUCCCAAGUCUCUUUACUCAACUUUAAAAAAUGGCUAUCUUUUGACAUUUGUGAUGGUUUUUGUGUACAUUUUAAUGCCUUUUCUAGCAUGGAUUGGGACGCAUCUGUUGACCUAUGCAAAAGUUAAUAUAUGGCUACUCAAAGGAAUGAAGGUCCUUUACUGCAUGCCACCUCCAUUUAGUACGGGACUUGCUCUGUGCCGUUUGGCACAGGCUGAUUUGCCUACGAGCGUAAUUACCACACUGGUAUCGCACUUUGGAGGAUUAUUCUUAUCUCCUCUUUUACUAUAUAUAAUGUUAGGAACAUCCACUCCACCAUUAGUUGGGAUUAACAUCAAGGAGACUGUAUACAGCACGCUUAUUCCAUUGGGAACGGGUAUCAUCUUACGAGAGUUUAUAUUGAAAGACAGAUGCUUGAAUGUUAAUACAAGUUGGUUCUCCCAGAGUUUAUUGUUAGCAAUAGCGUAUCACUGGUUUUGCGACGCUGUUCUAGCUGAUGCUUCAUCAUUGCAAGCAGUGGAUGUACUGUUUUGUGUACUUAUUGCGUGCCUAGGUCAGCUCCUUCUUAGCAGUCUAUGCUGGAUUCUGUGCUCCCAGUGGAUGCCACGAAAUAUUUUAUUAGCCGCAUUAUUUACCAGUACUCAUAAAUCUGUUAGUCUUGGUGGAUGGAUCUUGCGUGGGGCGUAUCACGGCUCGGCUCAUGGACCAGCAGUAAAUCUACCAUUGACAAUAUUGCCUGUUGCACAAUUAUUGUUAGGUAGUUUAUUAGCCAGCUGGCUGGCACCAUAGGAAAAAAAUUGAAUUUAUAUAACAAUGCCUAUACUUCGAUUUUGAGACAUAGUUUUAUCUUCUGACUUUGUCAUUUCUGAGGUUUAUGACAAUUAAAACUCCAUUUUUAUGCUCUACCUCUAUCUUAAAAAAAAUUGGUUAGUAAAAUUAUGGAUUAACUUUAUAGAGUAUUUAAUCAAAUUAGAUUGUUUGCUGCAUAGAAACAUUAUAAAAAAGAUAAUUUAAAUAAAUAUAUCAAUUGUCAACAUCUUUCUCGAUUUUUUAAGGAUGUCAACUAGGUAACUCAAUGCAAAAAAUCAUUUUUAUAUUUUAUCAAUUUUAUUCGUUCGUUAAAAAAUGAAAUCAUCUAGAAUGAUCACGUUUUGAUGCGUAUACGAACGAACAAUUUUGCAUAUGAAUUUAUAUGUUACUUAUAAUUCUUAUAUAUUGUAUUCUUACAUGUGUAAUUUGUUACUUACCUCGAAACUGGAUGGAAUGGUUUUUGUGUAAGAAUCAUGUAUUACUGCUUUAAUCUUGGAUUGAAAGAAUUUAUGUAAAUAAUACGCUCAUAUGUAUAGAUAUAUAUCUCAUUGCGUUUUCUAGCAAUCCACUGACAUUUCUUAAAAAGAAACAAUAAAGAUGAUGUACAUUGUACUGCUCAUUAUUACAAGAACCGUUUUAAAUAGGUACAAUAGAUAAAAGUCAACAGCCAAUCGACUGAAAUGUUACGACUUACGAUUGAAUCAUACAAUAUAGAUACAUAUUUGUAUUGUAUAAAUUACAAAUAUAGUUUCCUCAUCUUCGAAUGGAAAA